AUCAAGCUAAGGAAGGUUAUCAAACAUGGCAAAUAUUAGUGAGUUGUAUGGUGCUGCUUCGUUAGGAGAAACAGACACUAUCUACAAAGUUAUUCAGCAGAAUCCACGCAUUUUGGAGGUGGUUGAUGCAGUACCAUUUGUCAACACUCCUCUGCACACUGCUGCAUAUGCAGGACAUCUAGAAUUUUCCAUAGAGAUUAUGAGAUUGAAGCCUUCAUUUGGUUCGAAGCUAAACGAGCAAGGUUUUAGUCCAAUCCACCUUGCAUUACAAAACAAUCAACACAAUCUGGUGCGUCGCCUUGUAGAAAUCAACAAAGAUCUCGUUCGAGUCAAAGGAAGAGAAGGCGUCACUCCUUUGCAUUUUCUAUGUCAAUCUGGUGAUGAUAAUGAAAACAUCACACUUUUAAUUGACUUGCUUGAAGCAUGCCCUGAUUCUAUUGAAGAUGUGAAUGUGAGAAAUGAGACUGCACUUCAUAUUGCGCUCAUAAAUGGAAACUUGAGAGCCUUUCGAAUAAUUGUGGGUUGGCUCAGGAGCAUUGUCCGUGAGGAUGCUUUUUCUUUAGAGCGCUCUAUUUUAAACUGGAAAGAUUCAGAUGGCAACACCAUUUUGCACAUAGCAACACGCAAUGCUAACCAACAGGCUGUUGAUUUAUUGAUAAAAAGAUUGAACAUAAAUGCCAAGAAUUUGAAGAAUGAAACAGCAUUAGACUUAGCUGAAGCUCAUGCUUUGCCAACGAUUACAGAAACAUUAUUGAAAGCUAAAGCAAAACGUGGUGCAUCGGUUGAUGAUGAUUCCAACCGUGAAGACAAACUAAAAUUAAAGUCACCUCUGUCACUUUUUUUCAUACUCACGGAUCGCAAUAGAAUGCAAAUAAGUGAACAACAACGCAACGCUGUCAUGGUAGUUGCUACUCUCGUAGUGACCGCACUUUAUCAAACGGUUCUAAGUCCCCCAGGUGGAUUGACUCAGGGUGGUAGCGACAAUGGUCCAAAUAGUAAUAAUCUUGUAAACGCUACUUCAUCCCUCAAUUCUACUGCAGUAGGAAAAUCUGUGUUGUCAAGCUUUGAUUUUUAUACUAUUACAUCAUUGAACUGUGUCACCCUUUGGUUAGGGAUUGGCAUGAUUUCUGGGUUGAUGCCAACUACAAAAUUAUCUAUUUUUGUAUCAAUCCCACUUGCGUUGUUUCUUGUAAGUUAUUUAGUAUCUGCGUCAGUCAUAUCGCCGUCACAGACUCUAAUGGCAUAGAUUUGGUUUUGAUUGGAUGGAUUGAAGUCUAUGUAAUCAAAGCGCUUGCUGUGGAGUUUUUCUUGUACUCUCUUUCUUUUGGUUUCCUUUGUGUCUGUGUGUGACCUCCUGUUUUGGGCAUUCAUG